CCACUGAAACUAUAUAUAAAAGUGGCUAACCCCAAAAUAGUGCAUUGCAUGGAAAGUUUCUUGAUAAGUCAGUAGGAUAGCUUUUUAUAUGCAAUGUAAAUGUUUUUAACAAGGUGGUUGAGUGUGUCUUUAAAUUACUGUUUCAAAUUGAUCACUAUGAAAGGGUUAUUGAUUUUUAUAGCUGCGUAUGCUUUGAAUUGCGAAGGUGCUGUGAUUGUGAGUGAUAAAAAAAGGAAUUUGCUUAAUAAUCGUCCUAUUAUUGGUAUAUUAUCUCAAGAGCAAUCAUCUUAUCUACACUCUAAGUAUGUUGAAGAAAAUUACACAAGUUAUAUAGCAGCUUCUUAUGUAAAGGAUGUUGAAUCAGCAGGUGCUAGAGUUGUACCUAUCUUAAUCGGCAAAGAUCGUAGCUACUACGAAGAACUUAUGAGCAAAAUAAAUGGAGUUCUCCUGCCUGGUGGAGCGACAUUUUUCAAUCAAUCGAACGGUUACGCUGAUGCCGGUCAGCAUAUAUAUGAAAUUGCCCAAAAAUUUAACGAUGCUGGAGAUUAUUUUCCGAUAUUUGGAAUAUGUUUGGGUUUUGAGCUGCUAAUUAUCUUAGCUUCCGGACGCGGUAAAGAGGAAAAUAGAAUCAGAUGCUAUUCAUAUAGUAAUAUUCCACUUAAUUUUACACAUGAUUACCGCAAGAGUAAAAUGUUUAAGGAAACUCCAAGCGACAUUAUAGAAAUUUUGAAAACUGAAAAUGUCACGGUGAACGCUCAUCAAUUUUGCAUAGUUGACGAAAAUCUUAAAUCCUACAACCUUACUCAUGAUUGGUUGGUGACAUCUCACAGCAACGACGAUCACAGCUUGGAAUUUAUCGCGAGCGUUGAACAUAAGAGAUACCCAUUCUACGGAGUACAAUUCCAUCCAGAGAAGAGUGCUUUCGAAUGGAAACUGUCGAAAAAGUACGCUCACAGCUUCGAGGCUAUUAAAGCUAAUCGUUAUUUUAUGGAUUUCUUCGUUCAGGAGUGUAGGAAGAGUCAACACUCGUUCGCUAGAGCGUCGGAAGAGAAUCGCUACUUGAUUUAUAAUUACGAACCCCAUUUCACAGGGGUGCUAGGUAGUGCGUACCAUCAGUGCUAUUUCUUUGAACCUAGAGGAACCGUUUCAAAGUAAUAAUAUCUUGUUUAUCUCUCAUUCUAUCUCGUACUAGUUGACUCGGUGACAUUCGUACCGCAAUUUUAUUUAUUUUUGUUAAUUUAUCGAUUUUUAUUCUAAUUAUCUUGUACUGACAUUAACUAAUAUAAAUAAUCAAAUUUUGUGAAAUUGUUUGAAAUUAUGCACGUACGUAUAUUUCAGCGAAUCAUAUUUAUCUAUGUAGAUUAAAAAAUAUUGAUAUGUUUAUUUUUAGCUAAAAUAUUCUAGAUUCAACAGAAAAUUUGUAGAGCUUUUUUUACUAGCAGAAAGUAUCAUUUACACAUCAACAUUAACGCAUAAUAAAAAUAAACAAAUAGGUAAGAAAUAAAAGAAUAUCAAUUUUUGUAAAAGCAUAAAUUGUUAGCAUUAUGCGAAGACUUAACCAGUACCUAAUUAAAAAUAAAAUUAUUUAUGUCAUAUAAUAUUUUACUAUUUACUGUAAAAUCUUUACUUAAUGAGUUUAUGUCAUCUUAUGCUAAACACUUGACUUUAUUUUUUAUAUUACUCACCUUCUGUUCAUCUUGUUACAAAAUCUUGUAAAAUAAUGUUCGUGUAUUUUUUAGUAGCAAGCUAAAUACAAAAAAGAAAAUACUUUAAGAUGUAUUUCUUAAUAAUUUGUGGUAUGAUUGUUGACUUCAAUCACAAUGAAUAGAGUUGCAAAUAUACGGGUCAGUUAGAGGAUUUAUUGAAAAAAAGUGU